UGCGGGUGUGGGUGCAGGGGCACCAUCCCGAGACCGGGGCGCAGGCGGUGGCUGUGCUGGAGGAUCUGGAGAGGGAGCUCGAUGAGCCGCCGGAGCCGGUGGCGAGGGAGUGGCCGGCAGAGGUCAGAGCAGCCCAGCAAAGGGCAUUGGAAAGAACACCCCGGGUUGUUUGAUGUCCUGGCCAAGUCAGAAAUACAGGAGACACUUCUGGACAAGUUGGCCCCCUUGGGACAGCUACAUGAGUCCCUGGCUGUCCAGCUCUCCCUUGAGAAGAUCCAGCAGGAGCCCCAAAGGAAUGGUGACAAAACCAGACCUGAGCAUGACGAGUUGUUCCAAAAGGGAGAUAUUGCAAAGGACAUGGAAUUCCUUAGGAAGGCAAAUAACAGACUGAACCAAGUCCUUCCUCAACAUCCCGAAUCCAAAAAUGCAACUGAAAGUGAGGGCAGGUUAGAGAGGCGGCCGAGCGAAAGAAGACCCUGUAAGUGUGAUGACUGUGGGAAGAGUUUUAGUUACAACUCAGCCCUUAGCAAGCACAGGAGAACUCACACUGGAGAAAAACCCUAUAAAUGUAACGAAUGUGGAAAAGCCUUCAAUCAACGCUCACAUCUCAUCGGACAUCACAGAGUGCAUACUGGAGUGAAACCCUAUAAAUGUGAAGAAUGUGGAAAAGAUUUUAGUGGACGCUCAGGUCUUAUUCAGCAUCAGAGAAUCCACACAGGUGAAAAACCCUAUGAAUGCUAUGAGUGUGGGAGGCCUUUUCGGUCCUUUAAAGAAGAGCCUCUCAGAAGGUCCUUCUCUUAAGAAGAUAAAGAAGGUGGUGGAAGCAAGUCUCCUCAUCU